GCUGACUGACUGACUGACUGAGCUCAUUCCCUGUGCCUUUCUCCCCAGUCUCUGCACUGGAGACAGACUGAGACAGAAAUCACUGCACGUUUGAGAUCCUGGGAAUUUCGUGCCUGGCAACAAAUUGGCUUCGAAGUCCAUCGUCCUGGGAAACUGUCACCUCCUGUUUGCAACACCUGGGGAGGUAUUCUUUCUGGUGAUUGAAGCACAUCUUGGAACAAGGUAGAAAGCAUGGGAAAAACCCUUGACUUGUCUGGAUUGACAGAUGAUGAAGCUGAACAUGUGCUACAGGUUGUCCAGCGGGAUUUUGAUCUCCGGAAGAAGGAACAAGAACGACUGAGUGAACUGAAGCAGAAACUGAAUGAGGAAGGCAAUAAACGCACAAUCCUUUCCAAGCAGGAGAAGUUCAAUGAGAACUGCUGCAUCCGCUGCUGUAGCCCUUUUACCUUCCUCAUUAACACCAAGCGUCCUUGUGUCGACUGCAAGUUCAAUAUCUGCAAGAACUGUGGUGCAUACAGCAAGAAGGAGAAAGCCUGGAUCUGUACAGUGUGUCACCAGGCCCGGCUCCUGAGGACCCAGUCUUUGGAAUGGUACUACAAUAAUGUCAAGGGCAGAUUCAAACAUUUCGGCAGUGCUAAGGUGGUUCACACACUGUACAAGAAACGCCUUUCCAGGAGGGGAAGCUCAUCAAACAUACUAGAAGGCAAUAUUCUUGCAGACAGCCAAGAGAACGAAGAGAGACUCUGUGGAAAUGACUCCACGUCUGACACACAGACUGAAGGUCACACCAUCACUGAAACCCUAGCUACAGCCUUGCGGGUGGCUGAGGAAGCAGUCGAAGAGGCAAUCACCAAAGCAGAGUCCUUCAGUGACAGUCUGGAGAAGCAGAACGAGAGCCAUUACUUGCAAGAGCACAAGGAGGAACUGAUCGAAGAACUUGCUACAACUAUAAUGCAAAAGGUGAUAAAGAGGAAGAAAUCUGGGAAUGGAUUGACUGAUUCUGAGUCCGAACAGCCACAUUCACAGAACAGAGCCUCUGUCUAUCCUCUUUCUGUGAAAGAAAAUGCUCCUGAGAACCGCAGUAGGAUGUCCAACCUGUGGAGAUCCCACUCUGAAUUCUCUCUAACCAGCGAGGAAAAUCUAAGUAAAGACCUAACCGAAACUAACCCUAAAUCCUCUGACUCCGGAGUGAUGGGGAAGCUUGGACAAUUCCAGCCCUCCGAAAAUCCGGACUUAAGAUCCUAUUCACUGCCAAGUUGGAAAAGCAUGGAUUUGCUGGAUAAUGCAGGUUCCUCAGCUAUGGCCAUGUUGCACAGCCCUGAUGGCAACUGGAUGGCAAUGCAGAGCACGCCAGCCAUCCGCCCUCGCUUGCUAGCCAAGCCAAAGAGCAGAGUGUUCAUUGCCCUGGAGAAUGAGGCAGACGUUGUGUCCGCCUAUGACGAGAUGGGGACGGACGAUGACAAUGAUGAUGAUAUCGGCUGGAGUCCAGCUCUCGGUGAAUUGAGGCAACGUUCUGGGAAGCUGUCAGAUGAGACCUACUUCACCGACUCACAGCAUGACAAUGACUGGCUGGGCGCCAAUGGAAAGCGCCAUUCGGUCACCUCUCCGUCCUCCGGCCGAUACACCAACACGGAGACCAUGUACUCGGACUCGGAAACCUCCUCCGCCGGCUCAGUGCAGGUAUCGAUAUGCGGCUCGGGUGACCGGGUCACGGCAGGUGAAAGAAAGUCAAGCCAUGAUGGAGCCAUGCCAGCUGGCGCUCACUGUGCCGGGCAACUCGACAUAAACUACAACACGCAGCCGCGAGGAUUUGGAAACACAGACAGCAGCGAGGGCGAGGAUAUUCCUGAGGAGUCAGAGAGGAAGCACAGGCGGAGGAAACGGAGCAAAUGCUCACCUCAGGAGCAGCUGCACGAAACAGCCAGCCCUUUGAAAAUUCAGCAAUCACUUUCUAAAAACACAUGCCAGGAAUCGCCUAUUUCUGCAGAAAAGGUCCAAAAUGCAGACAGGAAAUCCAAUCUGGACCCAGAUAGUGGAGUCACAUUUUCUAGAACUCAUGCAGAUUUAAUGGAGGAGAAACUAAGAACCAAGUUGGUUCGGCUUGCAACCAAACUAAGUGACAAGGAGUCAUCAUCUGGAGAUGAGCUGGAUCCAGACACAACUGAGGGAGCUCAGGAGACCUCCUCGUGUGAUGAAGAUCACAAGCACAUUCAAGAUGAACUCAUGAGAAAGUAUUCUGCCAUCUCUCUCUGCAACAUCACAACAGAAGCACUGAAAGUCAUCAAUGCCACAGAGGAUCUGAUUGGAGAGGCCACAGGGACAAGUGAUUCCCGGUCGGAAUCGAGUGGAGGAAGAAUUCCGACAGGGAAGGAAGCAGUAAAACUUGAAGAACAGCUCUCUAAACUGGAGGAAAAUGUUUACAUAACGGCAGGCACAGUGUACAGUCUGGAGGGACAACUGAACGACCUGGAGGAUUGUGCAAGGAGCAUCCACAGUAUAACCACAGAGACAGAACUUGCUGACCUAGAGGACCAAGUGGCAACUGCAGCUGCUCAGGUUCACCAAGCUGAGCUGCAGGUUUCAGAUAUUGAACGCAGAAUUUCGGCUCUGAACGUGGCAGGAUUGAAUGUGGUUCCCUGUGAACGGCUUCUGAAGAAACGUAACCAGCCAGAAAUGAAGGCAGAGACCAUUGAUUCUUCCCGGCAACAGAGGAGAAAACUACCUGCCCCACCAAAGCAAGGAGAGACAGUUGACAGCACUCCAGGUACGUCCAUCAGGACCUACAGCAGGAAUAGCUUGUUCCAAGAUUCAGCAUCACGGCACAAUUGAAAGGAAGACACGAGCAUUGUUGAUCCUUCUGCAAAGUCUUAACCGUACUGAGAACUGGACACCCACUCUGAAGACAACUCACUGCCUAUGGCUGUCCACUAGAGUGCCUUGAUACAACAGCCAUGGAAACUCUAAUCCUGCCACCACUCUCAAUCCCAUAUGGAGCGGACUCUCACCGGAUACCUCCCUGAGUUCACCCUGUGACACUUCAGGAUUGUACCUUUACUGUGGUAAAAAGAAUUCGUUUUGCCUUAAUUUCAGAGACCUUUUGGGAAUGGUGACUGAUUUCUCUGUACCAUUGGCCCAUG